UUUGUUAAAUCGAAAGUUGGAAACUUUGUUAUUUUCCCAAUUAAAUACAUUCGUAAGCUCAGUGCUUGAUUAGCGGAGCGGUGACAUGAAGGACGCCGUGUAUAUCAAUUAGCUUGAACAAACCGAAAGUAAAUUCAGGAUGGGUAAUAAAGAAAGUUCGAAAUUAAAAGAUGCGGAGCAGAAAGCUCGUGAUAUUCUCGUAAGACGAACUGAAAAUGCACAGGAAACUUAUUAGAAAUAUCGCACACACUGUGAAUUCAUAGAAUGCACAUGUCGAGCAACUACUUAAAGAUGUUAGUGAAUUAGGAGAAAUAACUGAAAAGACUUCCUGGGAUAACAUUGAAGGAACAGACUUUGCUGAAAAAUGCCGCAAUUUUACAAGGAAUUGGCAGAAAAACACGAAAGUGCUUCUUGGAAGUGUUCAGUCAUCUCUGGAAUGCGAAAUUGAUUCCCUUCUAAUGUCAUUCAAGAGACUCAACCAGAAUAUUUUCGAUACAUUCAAUAGCUAUGGAGUAGAGUUUUGCUCGUCAGAUGAUACGAACAUAGAUCGAAAAGUGUUAGAAUAUGAAAAUUCUCCUCAAGUGGAUUAUCAAAGUGCGUAUAGAAAGCUUUGCAAAACUUCAGAAAACGAACUUGGAAAGCUAGAGAAUAAAAACAAGCAAUUGUCAGAAGAAAUACGAAAAACAAGAAAUGAAAUGAAAGAACAGCUAGACAAUGAAAAAGAAACUUCAAAAAAGGUAGAAGAAAGAAUGCACCAAUGCAAAGAGGAAAACACGGAAUUGGCAGCAAAAAUGAAGGUUUUAGAGAAAAGGUUGUCAGAAUUAGAAGCAAAUAAGAUUUCUGCAAGAAACAUAAUUGAAGAACUUAAAAGGGAUAAAGAAAGGCUGGAAGGAAAUUUGAAGGAUCUAAAAGAGCAUCGGCCAGUUUCUAUUCAGCUUUAUUACCAAGUCAAAGGAGAUAUGACAUCUAAAAUGUUGGAUGCAUUAAAAUCUAUGUUGGUCACACAGAUGGGUGUGGAGAGAAACGAACUACAAUUUAUUGUUUGUCAGAAUGAGCUGGACGUGAACCCCGAACUUCCUCUACUGGUAUUCUGCAUUAGUGCAAGCAGACUUGGAACUGAUGCCAGCACUGUUUUACAGAACUUAAACGUGUCGGCAAAGGUUUCGGUGUUGAUAUUCCAUCACAAAGACAUCCAUGCAUUACCGAACCAGUCCAGUGAACGGGUCUUGACUGGACCCGAGUUUAAAGCACUUGGGGGCAUAUUUGAUAUUGCUUUUCUAUCAGAUAAAGGAAUAUAUCCGUGCGACAUGAAUCAAACUGCCGCCGUUGGCAUCGAAAGUUUUCUGAGGACACAGAGCUGAAAAAAAGACACCGGAGGCACAGAUGUUGCACCAAAGAAAUACAAUCUAACCUGUGAUCACUAUAGACACGAGACCACUAAAUCAAAGUUUUCGAUGUGGAAAAAAUGCAUACUUUUAAAAAUGUAAAUUUGCAUAUAUUUUCACACGCAAACAAUAUAUAUAUCGUUCCUUUUAUGUUUGUAUAAUGACAAUUCAUAAAACAUGCUAAGGUUCAAACAUAUACAUGUUAUUUCAUUUUCAUCGUAAAAAUAAAAACAAACAUCGUUGUCUUGACAGUAAUUACAAACAAGUGUCAUUAAUGAAGAUUUUUCAGUAGUGUUAAAAGUUCCUCUCAAAUCCAACACUGAGUAUAUCUUCAUGUUAAAAUAUCCAUGACAAAAGGACAAAGUAAGAUGUAUAUUUUGUUUUAUCUUAAUUUGUUGCUAUUAUUACUACUUUUAUUCUUCUUCUUCUCAUUAUCAAUAUUGUUUUUGUUAUUAUAUUAAAUUUGUAUGUAAAAAUAUAUAUAUGGGGGAAAUAAAUAUUGUCAAUCUA